AUGUGUUUUACCUACCACGAGCAGAGCAGUAGGCAAAGUGUACGGAGAUUUAACCGAUUUUGGCAUUUGCCGCGCAAAUGGGCGACACCGUCAGCCUCCAAAAUCCGCAGCGCUUCGUAUCCAGACGAGACAACCGACCCGCGCAUUGUCGCUAAUAAGGAAAAGAUUGGGCCAUUGAUGAAGAGACCCAGAGGGAUUGGACAAGACAAGUAA